AUGUCCAAGCAUCAUCCCGAUCUCAUCAUGUGCAGGCGCCAGCCUGGGAUAGCCAUCGGACGUCUUUGUGAGAAAUGUGACGGUAAAUGCCCGGUGUGUGAUUCAUACGUGCGGCCAGAAACCCUCGUGCGCAUAUGUGACGAGUGCAACUUCGGGACCUACGGAGGGCGGUGCAUUAUCUGCGGCUCUCCUGGAAUCUCUGAUGCGUAUUACUGCGCUGAAUGCACCAGGCUCGAGAAGGACCGAGAUGGAUGUCCCAAGAUUGUGAAUUUGGGUGCCAGUCGGACAGAUCUGUUCUACGAACGUCGUCGUUUAGGGUUCAAGAAGGGCUAG